UCGAAAUGGAACAAGAUUGGGUUUGGGCCCAACAUUGUUAUGGAACAGAGCAACCUCGAGUACAAGCUCCUUCCUACCCCUCCUUGAGUCUCAGUCUCAGUCUCAGUCUCAGAUUUACCUUCAAUCAGUGCGUUCUCAACACGCACCUUCAUGACUUCAGUAGAAGAGCGGAGAAUUGUAAUCCGAAACGAUCAUGGGGAGAACCUUGUUGGAAUUUUACGCGAAACUGGUUCUAAGGAUCUUGUCAUCAUUUGCCACGGUUUUCAAUCCAAAAAGGAACGAAUACCCAUGGUGACUCUUGCCACUACUUUGGGAAGAGAGGGAAUCAGUGCUUUCCGCUUUGACUUUGCUGGGAACGGGGAAAGUGAAGGUUCCUUUAUGUAUGGUAACUACCGCAGAGAAGCCGAAGAUUUACGAGCUGUCAUCCGACAUUUCCGCAAGAACCAACGUCUAAUAACUGCAAUUGUUGGCCACAGUAAAGGGUUCCUGCAGGGGGGAAUGUGGUGCUUCUCUAUGCUUCAAAGUACAAUGAUGUACCCACCGUCAUCAAUAUUUCUGGCCGGUUCCAUUUGGAGAAAGGCAUGGAAGGUCGAUUGGGUAAAGAUUUUUUACAAAGAAUCAAGCAGAAUGGGUUUAUUGAUGUUACGAAUAGAAAAGUUUGAAUAUCGUGUAACUCAAGAAAGUUUGAUGGACCGAUUAACCACCGACACUCGUGCAGCAUGUCUUUCGAUUGAUCAAAAUUGCAGGUUAUUAACCAUUCAUGGAUCCAGGGAUAAAAUUGUACCAGCCAAAGAUGCCCUGGAAUUUGCCAGGUUUAUACGAAAUCACAAGCUGCACAUAAUUGAAGGAGCUGAUCAUGAGUAUACUGCACACCAGGAUGAGUUAGCUACAGUUGUGCUCGAUUUUGUAAAGGCAGUUCGGGAAGACAGAAACACAGCUGAACUUCUGCAAUCAUGCGAAAGAGCAGUUAAUUUCAUCAAAGCUCGAAUCUGAAGAUUGUGGGAACUUGUAUACAAAGGUUUUAACAUUGUAUUAAAAAGUACACACUAUUAAAUCCAAAAUAACUCAAAUUGUUCAUGUAAGUAUUCAGCAAAUCUAAAGUCUGAAUCUUAAUCA